AAUGCAAGUAGCCAUUAUUCAAGUCAACAUUACAGUCUUCUGAACAAAUCAUAUCAAAUAUACCAAACAAUCCAAGAAAAUCAGCCCACUAGACUUGUAAGUUAAAACAAGCUUUUACAAGUCUCUUAAAUCGUCUGCAUCAUUUGACUUAUGCAUUGAGCUCACAACCUCAGAUUCACUAUCAAUAAUUGAAGGAAUAAUUCAGGAACUGGGAGAUAAGAUUCCAAAUCUCAGGACAGGAUCCCAUAUUCUAGCAUUUCACAUUGCCAUAAGAGAUAAGUGCUAGGGAAGGACACAAGGGAAAAAUAGAAAAAUGGGUUCCAUGGGAGUAGCGGGUGAAGAGGUUCAGCCAAGAAGUUACUGGAGAUGGAGCAAACAAGAUUUCCUACCAGAAGAAUCCUUUCAAAGUUGGAGCACAUAUCGGACCGCCCUGUCACAAACAGGCUACAGGUUCAAGAACCGUCUCAUAAGCAGAUCAGAUGAUAACAAUGAGAUUGGGGAACUUCCAAAGCGAAGUGAAAAUGACAUGAAGCGUUGCCUCACAUGGUGGGAUCUCAUCUGGUUUGGAUUUGGUUCAGUAAUUGGUGCAGGCAUCUUUGUGCUUACUGGGCAAGAAACUCAUGACCAUGCUGGACCAGCUAUUGUCUUGUCCUAUGUUGCUUCCGGUGUCUCGGCAAUGCUCUCUGUCUUCUGCUACACAGAAUUUUCAGUGGAAGUCCCUGUGGCAGGUGGAGCUUUUGCUUACCUGCGGAUAGAAUUAGGAGACUUCAUAGCAUUCAUAACAGCAGGAAACAUACUUCUUGAGGGCUUUGUCGGAAGUGCAGCAGUUGCUAGAUCAUGGACUUCUUACUUCACAUCACUCUUGAAUCGUCCCUCCAACUCAUUACGCAUCCAUACAAAUCUGACGGAGGGGUUCAAUCUACUUGACCCAAUAGCUGUUGCUGUUCUGACCAUAGCUGCAACAAUUGCAAUGAUCAGCACAAGGAAGACCUCUUACUUAAACUGGAUAGCAUCUAUAGUCAAUAAUGUUGUAAUUCUGUUUGUGAUAAUUGCAGCAUUUAUCCAUGCCAACCCAUCAAAUAUGAAACCCUUUUUUCCGUUUGGGGCUAAAGGAGUCUUUCAAGCAGCUGCAAUUGUUUACUUUGCUUAUGGAGGAUUUGACAAUAUCGCCACCAUGGCUGAAGAAACCAAAAAUCCAUCCAGAGACAUACCGAUAGGAUUAAUUGGAUCAAUGUCAAUCAUCACUGUCAUAUAUUGUUUAAUGGCAGUUUCACUGCCUAUGAUGCAGAAAUACACAGAUAUAGACCCAAAUGCAGCCUACUCUGUAGCAUUUCAAAGUGUGGGCAUGACAUGGGCCAAGUACCUGGUAGCCCUAGGUGCCCUGAAGGGAAUGACCACUGUUCUUCUGGUCGGGACACUUGGACAGGCACGGUAUAUCACUCAUAUUGCACGAGCCCACAUGAUUCCACCAUGGUUUGCUCUUGUCCAUCCAAAGACAGGAACCCCCAUAAAUGCUACACUCUUGAUUGUCAUUCCAAGUGGUUGUUUGGCUUUGUUUUCGAGCUUGAAUGUCUUGGCAGGUCUGUUAUCAGUGAGCACACUCUUUAUCUUCAUGAUGAUGGCUGUCGCACUUCUAGUGAGGAGGGACUUCGGCUUACUGGGGACUAAAUCCCAAUGGUUGGGUUGGUUAUGUCGUGACAGUUCCUCUCUGGUUCUUUGGGACUUUGGCAAUGGCAGUAUUUUUACCCCAACAGAGGUCACCAAAAGUUUGGGGGGUUCCACUGGUUCCUUGGUUGCCAUCCUUGUCAAUUGCAACAAACAUUUUUCUUAUGGGCUCUCUGGGUCAUAAAGCUUUUGAAAGAUUUGGAAUCUGCACCGUAGUAAUGCUUAUUUACUAUGUCUUCUUUGGUCUGCAUGCAACUUAUGAUAUGGCCCAUAAGCAAGACCAGCCAG